GGCUUCAUUUUUACAUCACUAUUCCCUGUACAAACAUUUACUAUAACAUUUAGUAUAACGGUGAUUCGAUCUGCAGUCAAUGCAGAAAAUUUAACACACCGAUUUAAUCUGAGCAUCUUAGCUGACGCAGAUAGAUUUGCUAUAAUCGGCAAUCACGAAAGGAAAAAUCCGCAUCAAGCGAUUGAGUUUUUACAGGAUUCCGAACACAGAUAUAUUUUCUGAUCAUAUGAUUUUGAGGUGGUAAAUCGAUCGAGGGCAUCGAGGUUUUCCAUUUUUCUUAUAGCUCAGUUGCUUGCAUUUUUCGGAUCCAGGAUUUUGAAUUUUCCUAGAUGGACCCUUCCAACCAUAAUGGUCGGGUCUCAAUUGAUGCGAGUGAGAGGUUAAGCCAUGGUGAGGAUCCAGCUGCUACAAACCCUGAGAGUUUUGAGGAUGAUGGAGAUGGUAAUGCUAGUGCUUUAAGCCGGCGCUCACAUUCUACAGAAAUCUAUGGAAGUGAUUGGCCUGGGGUGUUGAGAGGAGAUACAAUGAAGCUAGGUGAAAAUGGGGAGGCAUCAUCCUUGGGAUGUUCAAAGGUAGCAGAGAACAGAACAGGUAAGUUUUCAAGUGAUAUUGGCUCAGAUAGUCCCUCAGAGAAUUCAGGUUGGAUUCCUAAUAGAAGCUUGAAUUGGGAGAUGGAUGAGCAGAGAGAGGCUCAGAGGAGUAAUGGUGGUCAAGGUUAUAUUGAGAAUGAGAUUCAAGAAAUCAUUGAAGAAAGCCAAUUUGAACAGGUUUCAUUGGAGGAUCCACAAGAAAGGAAUGUUACACUGGCAUCGAUAGGUGAAGUCGAGAUAGCAAGUAAGUCUCCUGCAUCACAAAACUUGGAUUUUGGAGAUAUAUCUCAUUCAAACAUUGGAUCAGCAAAAGAGAUUACUCCAGAUGAGGAAAAUAACACGCACGGAAAUGUGUUCAGAAGCCCUGCAAGAUCAUCAAAUUACAGCCCCCAAUCGUUUUCAUCAUCUUCCCAUAUUGAUAUUUCAAUGUUGUCUCUUGAUAGUGGAAGUGCAUUUGCCUCUCCAAUCAGCUCACCUUCAGGGCAGAAAAGUAAAUUGGUUUUACCUGAUGCUCCUCCCGAGCUUUUGCAUGUGAUUGAUUCUGCAAUACAGGAUUUGGAUUCCAGUAUCAUGGAGAGGUUGAGGAGGAUUGUUUGUGGAGAAGAUAUUAUUUUACAAGCUAGAGAGGAUGAGAAUAUUUCCCAAUUAGUGGUAGAUGUGCUACUUGCUAAAAUGGGUGCAGUCGGAGAUUUCAAUCAAGAUGGAGAAAACGUUACCCCUAAUGUUAUGCUCAGUGCAGAAGCUACAGUUGUGGCAGCAACUAUAAUUCCCUGGCUUCCUCAUGUAGAUAAUACAAAUAUUUACACGUCACCAAGGACAAGAUUAGUAAAGGGGAUUUUAAAUAUUUUGAAAUCCUGUACAAGGAACCGCACUAUGAGCUCUAGAGCAGGGCUUCUGAGAGCUCUUCUUUCAGCUGCUGAUAUAAUGUUUACAAAGAAAGGUGAUGGAACAAAUAAAUGUCCGAACUGGGAUGCCAGACCAUUUUACAGUUGUCUUGAGCUAUUAGGAGCACAUUCCCUUAGUGUUUUUGAUUUACGGUGUUGGCUUCAGCUUAUAACCGAUGCAAUCCCUACAGGCAGGGCACUAAAUCUUACCCUUGCAUUGGAAAAGGCCACAUCUGGAAAGGAGACGGAGGGCCCAGCUUAUACUUUCGAAUUUGAUGGUGAGAGUUCUGGUUUGCUUGGUUCAGGAGAGAGCCGUUGGCCAUUUUCAAAUGGUUAUGCUUUUGCAACCUGGCUUUAUAUUGAAUCUUUUGCAGACACACUGAACACUGCAGCUACAGCUGCUGCUAUAGCUGCAGCUGCCGCAGCAAAAUCAGGAAAAUCUUCUGCCAUGUCAGCUGCAGCUGCUGCUAGUGCCCUUGCUGGGGAAGGAACAGCACACAUGCCUAGGCUGUUCAGUUUUCUUUCUGCAGACAAUCAGGGUGUGGAAGCUUAUUUUCAUGGGCAAUUUUUGGUUGUUGAAAGUGGUAGUGGUAAAGGCAAGAAGGCCUCUCUUCAUUUUACUCAUGCAUUUAAACCACAAUGUUGGUAUUUUAUAGGUUUAGAGCAUGUACACAAGCAGACAAUGCUAGGGAAAUCAGAAAGUGAGUUGAAGCUAUAUGUGAAUGGCUGCCUGUAUGAGAGUCGUCCAUUUGAAUUUCCUCGUAUCUCCAAGCCACUUGCCUUCUGUUGCAUAGGGACAAACCCUCCUCCAACUAUAGCAGGUUUACAGAGACGUAGGCGCCAGUGUCCUUUGUUUGCAGAGAUGGGACCAAUAUACAUCUUUAAGGAGCCUAUCGGUCAGGAUCAAAUGGCUCGUUUGGCUUCAAGAGGUGGAGAUACUGUUCCUUCUUUUGGAAAUGGUGCAGGGCUUCUAUGGUCUGCUACAAAUCAACAUGCAAUGGCUUUAGCAGAGGAAAGUUUUGCCCUAGAUGCAGAGAUUGAACCCAAGAUACAUCUACUUUAUCACCCAAAGCUGCUUACUGGUCGCUCUUGCCCAGAUGCUUCUCCAGCUGGCACAGCAGGCACUCACAGGAGACCUGCAGAUGUGCUUGGUCAUGUUCAUGUUGCAGCACGUGUUCGUCCAAUAGAAGCGUUGUGGGCCAUGGCUGAGGGUGGUCCAAUGUCAUUGUUGCCAUUGACAGUCAGUGCAAUGGAUUAUGCUACAUACGAACCUGUUAGUGGGGAAACAUCUAUAUCUUUAGUGACAAGUCAGCUUUCUGCGCCAAUUUUCCGCAUGAUAGCCUUGACUGUACACCACCCUGGAAACAGUGAAGAAUUAUGUCGAGCACAUGCACCUCAAGUCCUUGCACAAUUACUCCGUUACCUGCUAAAGAUGUUGUCUUUAUUGGAGCCUGAAAAAGUCAAUGCUGAAGCAAGGGAUGAAGAACUUGUUGCUGCUAUAGUAUCUCUUUGUCAAUCUCCUCAGAACAAUAUUGAACUCAAAGUACAGCUUUUUAGUAAUUUACUGUUAGAUUUAAAAAUGUGGAGUCGCUGUAGUUAUGGACUACAGAAGAAGCUUUUGUCUUCACUGGCAGAUAUGGUUUUUACAGAAGCAAUGGCAAUGAGAGCUGCUAAUGCUGUCCAAUUGCUUCUGGAUGGCUGCCGUCGCUGCUAUUGGCUCAUCAAUGAACCUGAUUCUGUCGAUAUGUCUGCUGUUGGGAAAUCAUCUAGGCCUGCAGGGGAGUUGAAUGCAUUAGUUGAUGAACUUUUAGUCAUCAUAGAACUCUUGGUUGGAUCUUCUACAGGUCCAAUGGCAACUGAUGAUGUUCGAUGUUUAAUUCAAUUUGUCCUUGAUUGUCCACAAUCUAAUCAGGUCACUCGUGUAUUACAUCUCAUUUACAGGCUUGUGGUGCAACCAAACACAUCACGGGCAACCAUGUUUGCAGAGACGUUCAUUUACUGUGGUGGCAUCGAGAUGCUUCUUGCCCUGUUGCAGAAAGAAGCAGUAGCCGGGGAAGGUACAGUCUUGGAAUGCUCAAGAAAAAAGAAUAUGAGAAACAUAGAGAGAAAACAAAGUGAUCAUAUGGGUGGAAUACUUACAGUGGAAGGGAAACAAGAUGGAUAUUUGAGCCGUUCCAAUUCAGAAUGUACAAAGGAGAAUAUUAUUAAUGAUCAAGUAGAAGAUGAACUAAAACAAAUUGGAGUCAAAUCAAGUGGGAGUGAUCAAAGUUCUACUAAAGCCAUUGGCAGCGCUGAUAGCCAAAAAAUGUCCUCAGCCAAAGAAUCAUUUACAGGGAGAAGUGUAGGAGGGAUAAGUUUUUCAAUUACCGCAGACAGUGCAAGGAACAACUUUAAUAAUGUAGACAGUGGUGACGGUGUAGUGGUUGGCAUUGUUAGUCUUCUGGGGGCACUUGUUGCAGGAGGACAAUUAAAGUUUUCGAGCUCCACUACAUCUGUUGCACCUCUUCCUGGUGUUCAUUCUGGAAGCACUUUGUCAGAUGAAAUCAAUUAUUCAUCUUCGGCAAGUAAUUCUUUGUUGCUGUUUGCAUUACAAAAGGCAUUUCAAGCAGCGCCACAGAGAUUAAUGACUAACACUGUCUAUGCAGCAUUGCUGGGAGCUGUGAUAAAUACUUCAUCAUCGGAAGAUAGCUUAAAUCUCUAUGACUCUGGUCAUCGGUUUGAGCAUAUUUCCCUUUUGCUGGUUCUUCUUCGUUCACUUCCUUAUGCCCAAAGGGCCUUACAAGUUCGAGCUAUACAGGAUAUUUUGUUCCUGGCUUGCAGUCAUCCAGAGAAUAGAAACACUCUUACUUCUAUGUCAGAAUGGCCUGAAUGGCUCUUGGAGGUUCUUAUUUCCAAUUUUGAGAUGGCUUCAAACAAAGUACCGACUGAUGUUGGCAUUGGGGAGAUUGAAGAUCUUGUUCACAACUUUUUAAGUAUAAUGUUAGAACAUUCUAUGCGUCAAAAAGAUGGAUGGAAGGAUAUUGAAUCCACAAUUCAUUGUUAUGAAUGGUUAGCAAUGAUUGGAGGGUCAAGCACUGGUGAACAGCGCAUAAGACGCGAAGAAUCAUUACCAGUUUUUAAGAGGAGGCUCUUGGGAGGCUUGAUUGAUUUUUCUACAAGAGAGCUUCAGGUUCAGCAGACUCAAGUUAUUGCAGCUGCGGCAGCCGGAGUUGCUGCAGGAGGGUUAUCACCUCAGGCUGCAAAAGCUGAAGCAGAAUCAGCAGCAUACCUAUCUGUGGCUUUGGCGGAAAAUGCUAUUGUUGUUCUGAUGCUUGUUGAAGAUCAUCUUCGUUUUCAAUCCCAGGUAUAUAAUACGGCACCAUCUGUUACCACACCAGGCUCACCUGUUUCAGUUGCAUUUUCUAGUGGGGGGCAUUCAUCCUCUUUUGGAAAAUCAACAUCAGAGGGUGUGGAUAGUUCAGGACCUCGAAGGGUUUCAUCUUUCACUGAUUCUGGAGGUUUCUCUUUAGAUGUUCUUGCUUCAAUGGCGGAUGCUAAUGGGCAAAUUUCUGCAGCAGCAAUGGAACGCCUUUCAGCUGCUGCAGCUGCUGAACCUUAUGAAUCUGUUCGUUGUGCUUUUGUCUCAUAUGGGAGCUCCACAAUAAACUUAGCUGAAGGAUGGAAACGAAGGAGCCUUAUGUGGUAUGGAGUUGGUCUUCCACCUAAAUCUGAAAGUUUUGGUGGUGGAGGAAGUGGAUGGGAAAUCUGGAAUUCUGUCUUUGAAAGAGAUGAAAGUGGGGAAUGGAUCGAACUCCCCCUGAUCAAAAAGUGUGUCACGAUGCUCGAGGCUCUGCUGUUAGAUGAAUCUGGACCUGGUUGUGGGCUUGCAAUUGUAGGAGGAUCUGGAAUUGGAAUGGGGGGCAUGAUUGCAUUGCAGCAGUUGUUGGACAGUGACCAACCAUUUUUAACAAUGCUGAGAAUGGUGCUUGUUUCAAUGAGGGAAGAGGAUAGAGGAGAAACAGUGGGUCGGUCAAUGAGUUCCAGCACAAGGGAAAGCACAACAGAUGGUGUUCAUUGGCUCAUAAAGCAGAAUUCAACUCUAGAAAACAGUAACCGUCUGGGAAGACGAAAACCACGAUCAGCACUACUUUGGAGUGUACUCAAUCCAGUUCUGACCAUGCCAAUAUCGGAGUCAAGAAGACAGAGAGUCCUUGUUUCUGGGUGCAUUCUUUAUGCCGAGAUAUGGCACGCAGUUGCUGCAGACAGGAAACCUCUUCGCAAGCAAUAUCUAGAGACAAUAUUACCUCCUUUUAUUGCCCUUCUCAGACGUUGGAGGCCACUUCUAGCUGGUAUUCAUGAGCUUACUGAUCCAGAUGGAUUCAAUCCUCUUGCUGUGGAUGAUCGUGCAUUGGCAGCAGAUGCACUCCCCCUUGAGGCUGCUUUAGCUUUCAUAUCUCCUGGUUGGGCUGCUGCAUUUGCUUCUCCUCCAGCUGCAAUGGCAUUAGCAAUGGCAGCUGCUGGUGCAGGUGGUGAAGUGAUACCAUCCAAAAACACACCAUUGAAACGUGAGACUUCAGUGUUUGAACGAAAAACAUCAAAGUUACGCAGCUUUUAUAGCUUCCAGACAGCCCCUGAUUCACCAGGAAGAUCUCAGCCAGUGCCAAAGGACAAGGCAGGUGCAAAGGCUGCAGCUUUAGCAGCUGCACGGGAUCUUGAGCGUAAUGCCAAAAUAGGUUCUGGUAGAGGUCUUAGUGCUAUAGCGAUGGCAACAGCAGCACAGAGGAGGAGUAUUAGUGAUCGUGAAAGAGUAAGGAGAUGGAAUAUAUAUGAAGCAAUGUCAAAUGCAUGGUUGGAAUGCUUUCAAUCUGGUGGUGCUGGUCUGGCUUCAGAAAAGGAUUUUUCUGUUCUUGCAUCAAAGUAUAUGGAAACCUUGGUGGCAAUGCUCAGUCUAGCAAGAAACAUGAGACAGAGAGAGGUUGAAAGACGGGCUUUAGUUGCUACUGCUGAUUUACAACGGGCAAAAGUUGGCUCACAUGCAUGGCGCAGACUUAUCCGCUUCUUGAUUGAGCAGAAUGCACUUUACGGACAGAUGGGGUACCACUUGGGUCACCCAGAACGUGUAUUUUGGAAGCUAGAUUUUAUUGAAAAUUCUUUUAGAAUGCGGAAGCGUCUAAAGAGAUACUAUAAAGGAACAUCACAUGUAGGAGCCGCUGCAAAUUAUGAGCAUCCUAAACUUGCACAUGACAAAGAUGAGAAUAAAGAUUCUGUUAUGGAGGCUGAAAAUUCAUUGGUAGCUACUCUUCCUGCUAGCACCUCAAUUUUAGUGCCGGAGAAAAGUGUGCUCGAUGAAUGCCACGAUGAUGAAGGAAAUAGGAGUGAUUUGGAACCUUGUGAGGAUAGAAAGGAUGAUUUGGAGCAUGAUUUUGUAGCAUCAGAAAAUGUUUUUCAAGAGUCGGAGGAAUUAAAACCAGAGCCAGACAACUUUUGUGCAAAAGAGAUGACAGACAAUGCUGAAUCACCAAAUUUUGGUACAAUAUUGGUUGGUUCUGUGGUUAUGGAAGUUGAUGAAAGGAUACUGCUAGAAGUUCCAGCAAUGAUGGUUCAACCGUUGCGAUUGAUGAGUGGAAGAUUUCAAGUGACUAGUAAGCGGAUUAAUUUUAUUGUAGAUGACACAGUUGAUGUGGGGGAUGCAUACAACAGAGAAUCUGAUACAAGGAUAGAGAACAAAAAUGGAGGAAGAGAUCGGAGUUGGUCAAUUUCUGCUCUUCAUGAAGUUUAUAGUCGAAGGUACCUUCUUAGGAGAAGUGCAUUAGAACUAUUUAUGAUUGAUCGAUCAAAUUUCUUUUUCAACUUUGGGACUAUAGAAAUCCGUAAAAAUGUCUAUAAAGCCAUUGUUCGAGCUCAGCCUCCAAAUCUUAAUAACAUUUAUUCAGGCACACAGAAGCCAGAACUACUUUUAAAGAGAAUGCAGCUCAUGGAACGGUGGGCACGCUGGGAGAUAAGUAAUUUUGAAUAUUUAAUGCUUCUCAACACUCUGGCGGGAAGAAGCUAUAAUGACAUUACCCAGUAUCCUGUGUUUCCAUGGAUUCUUGUGGACUAUACAUCAGAUAGCUUAGAUUUCGGGAACCCUUCUAUCUACAGGGAUCUUUCUAAGCCUGUUGGGGCUUUGAAUGCCAAUCGACUGGAGAAGAUCCUUGAGAGAUACAAUACUUUUGAUGAUCCCAUUAUUCCAAAGUUCCAUUAUGGUUCACACUAUUCAAGUGCUGGAACGGUUCUUUACUAUCUUGCUCGAGUGGAACCUUUCACAACUCUGUCGAUUCAACUACAAGGAGGAAAGUUUGAUCAUGCUGAUCGUAUGUUUUCUGAUUUAAUUUCAACUUGGAAAGGGGUUUUUGAGGAAAUGAGCGAUGUGAAAGAGUUGGUCCCUGAGCUAUUUUACCUUCCAGAAAUUCUUGUUAAUGAGAAUGGGAUUGAUUUAGGCACGACACAGCUGGGAGAAAAGAUUGAUAGUGUCAAGCUUCCUCCCUGGGCAGAUAGUCCUAUUGAUUUUAUUCACAAACAUAAAACAGCACUUGAGAGUGAACAUGUGUCUGCACAUUUGCAUGAGUGGAUUGAUCUUAUAUUUGGUUAUAAACAGAGAGGAAAAGAAGCUGUUGCUGCUAACAACGUUUUCUUUUAUAUGACAUAUGAAGGGGCUGUUGAUAUUGACAAGAUUUCCGAUCCAGCUCUUCGCCAUGCCACACAAGAUCAAAUUGCUUAUUUUGGGCAAACUCCAUCUCAGCUGUUGUCAUUCCCACAUGUGAGGAGGCGGCCUUUAGCCGAUGUUCUUCACCUGCAGACCAUCUUCAGAAAUCCUGCAGAAAUAAAAUCCUAUGCAGUUCCAAAUUCAGAGCGUUGUAAUGUUCCAGCUUCUGCAAUUUAUGCUUCUCAAGAUUCAAUUGUCACCAUAGAUACAAAUUUGCCAGCGGGUCAUGUCGCAUUGCACAAAUGGCAGCCAAACACGCCAGAUGGCCAUGGUAUGCCUUUCCUGUUUCAGCAUGGGAAAGCAACUGUGACUUCCAGUGGUGGUGCUUUCAGGCGUAUCUUCAAAAGUCAACCUGGUUCCACCUCUGAUGAUUGGCGUUAUCCUCAGGCUAUUGCACUUCCUGCUUCUGGAGUAAAGAGCUCAUCCAUUGUUGCAAUCACUCAAGACACAUCAAUUUUGACAGGAGGUCAUGCUGAUAACAGCAUAAAGUUAAUAUUAGCUGAGAAUGCCAAAACUCUGGAGAGUGCAGCUGGCCAUUGUGCUCCGGUUACUUGUCUUGCAGUUUCUCCAGAUGGAAGCACCCUUGUAACAGGAUCUCGAGAUGCCACUGCUAUAUUAUGGCGGCUUCAUAGAACUUCUGGCAAUGCCCUUAGCAGCAUGUUAGAUUCAAGUGGAAGAAAUAGUGCAAAUAUAACUAUGGAUGGUAGAAAGAGGUACAUUGAAGGUCCUUUGCAUGUCCUUCGAGGCCACAUUAGUGAAGUAACAUGCUGCUGCCUAAAUUCUGACCUUGAUCUUGUUGUCUCCUGUUCGCACUUGAGUGGUGUGCUACUCCAUUCAAUCAGAACAGGACGUCUGAUAAGGCGGCUAGAAGUGAAUGGAGCAGAUAUUUUAUCAUUGUCAUCUGAGGGAAUUAUAAUCAUUUGGGACAAUUCCUCUCAGCAACUUAGGACCUUCACCCUGAAUGGCACUCCAGUUGCUAAAAGAACUCUUUCUUUGUUUCCUGGGGAUAUUACAUGCAUUGAAAUCUCACGAGAUGGAAAGAGUGUUUUGUUUGGUACAAGUGCAAAUCCGGCAUUCUCAAACGGAAAACGUCCGACACAAACAGAGAGAAGACAUGAUGAUUGUACAAAUUCAGAUUCAAGCUACUUCUCUUACAGAGAUAAGACAGAUUCAGAUGGACAAGAUAGAGAUAAAUAUUCACAACAACAAGAUACAUGUGGACCACUUGAUGGACAUGAAGAGGAUAGAACUGCCAUUCCUGUACCUUCCAUUUGUCUCUUAGAUUUGCACACACUCGAGAUUGUGCGUAUUUUGGAGCUGCAAGAAGGGCAGGAUGUUACAGCAUUGGCUCUAAACAAGGAUAACACAAACUUGGUUGUCUCUCUCCUGGAUAAACAACUUCUAAUAUACACGGAUCCUGCUUUGAGUGUCAAGGUUGUGGAUCAAAUGCUCCGACUUGGUUGGGAAGGGGAUGGUCUUGCACCUCUCAUGACUUAGGAGGAUCUCAGUUGGCUUCAUCUCAUCCUUGAAGUCUUGUGUACUGGAUUUUGUUAUGUUCUGUUCACCUACAGUUUUCAUUUCUAUUGUGUUUUAGGGUCAUUGCCAUACGAAAUUAAAGAUAGCUGUCUAUGUUGUCUCUGCCAAUUUUUUUCUAGAUGCAUGACAGCAUUUGUUACUUAGCUAUCCAUGCACCUCCAUGUAUUUUGCAGUGCGGGAACUGUUAACAUUGUAUAAUAUUCCGGGCUUAUGUUGCAGGCGAGCACCAAAGUGUAUUUUAUGCCAUCUUACCCAGUAUUGGUAACUUGUAGAGUUCAAUCUCAUUCAUUUAUUCAUAUGUUUUUUAAAUGGAAAUAAAUGUUAUCUGAUAAUUAUUGGAAUUUUGUUAAGAUUUU